AGUGGAAACUGGAAAGUGUCACACUACACUGGAGAGUGGGAAAAAAAAAGUUUGUCCCCAUCCAGCCGUGCCUGCCGAGAGAGCACCAAAUCGAAAUCGGCGGCUAGCCGGCGGGGGUCGAAGGGGAGUCGGAUCGAGAUGGUCGCGCCGAGGGGGCGGCGCUCCCCGUCCGGUCCAGAUCGACGGCCACAGGCGGGAGGUGGGGAGCGGAGCGCCGGAGGAGCCGCGGCCUCGGAGCAGAAGGCCGCCGCUAGGGUUUCGGUCAAUCAGCCGGCCCCGCCGCCCAAGUUCAACGCCGGCGCGGACAGGAUCAGCGCUCUCCCCGAGCACCUCCUCCUCGAGAUCCUCGAGCGCCUUGACCUGCGCGAGGCGGUCCGCGCCGGGGCGCUCUCGAGACGGUGGCGGCGCCUCCCGAAGCACCUCUCGCGCGUGGACCUCGACGUCGCUCACUUCCAGGGCGCGACGCCGCUCGAGGCCAUGGACGCGUUCACGGGUGCGGCGCGGUCGCUGCUCGCCGUGGUUCCCCUCGCCGAGAGCAGCGCCCUCAAGUCCCUUAUCCUCGGCUUCUACAUGCCUUCCCCUCCUCACCUGAGCACCAUAGGCCGCCUCGUCCAGGACGUCGUGAGCUUGGGCCAGACCGAAUGCCUUGAGUUUUGCAUAUCCCUGCCGUCCCCGAGCAACACCGUCCCGCAGCGCGCUGAGAUUGGGCGGCAGUUCAUGUCCUUCUGCCAGGCCUACCCGGUCGCCUUCUCUUGGCUCACGAGUCUUGCACUCGAGCGCCUUGCAUUUGGUCAUUCUGACAUCACCGAGCUCAUUAGCUCUUGUGGUAGGCUCAGGCGCCUCACCCUGCGUACCUGCAGACUGGUUGAUCUGCCCUUCGUGCUCAAGAUCGACACGCCGUGCUCUGGGAUCCAGGAGCUCAAGUUCCUCUGUGUUGGGUGCACGCGGAUCGACCUCAUUUCUGUCCCUAAGCUUAGGCAAGUGGUGUGCCAUUCUUGGAUCUCCGAGAAGCUUCCACUGCACUUUGGCUAUGUUCCUGAGCUUCGCAGUGUACUACUCGAUUCUAGAGCCAUGGCAUGGUAGAGGCCAUUUCCGCUGAGCGAGUGCCUGUCAAGGAGUGCCAGCAACCUGUUGAGUCUUCAUCUUGGUUUCGAGCAACAAAUGAUUUGGAUUCUGCCAGAACAUCCGAAGAAGCUCACUGCUAUGUUCAGAAACCUGACCUCUGUGUUUCUUUGGGAUAUCUUCAAUGAGUGUGAUCUGAACUGGACACUGUUUAUCCUUGAAGCUGCACCUUGCCUACAGUGUAUUGAUUUAUCUCGACAUUCAUGCAUCGAGACGCCCGACAACAGUGCCGAGAAGACCAACGUGGUGUGGGAGCCAUCCAAGGAUUUCAAGCACCUAAACUUGAAGUUGCUGGGGAUCCAAGGGUGCGAGGAUGAAGACAAGGUGACAAACUAUGUAAGGCUUGUGAUGGAACGAGCUGUGCGGCCGUUGAUAAUCAAGCUGCAGGAUGAAUUCCCAUGCAGGGACUGCAAUGCCACCAACCUUGACAGAUCCAAGGCGGACAAAGCUAGCAGGCGCCGGAUUAAGGAGCGACUCGCGCAUGGAUCAUCCUCAUGUGUGAAGAUAGUUAUCUGAUAUGUCAAGGAAUGCUGGUAGUUUCAUAACGCUCACAGCCUUGCAGGAGCUAGAGCAAUGACUGUGUGAGGCACAUCCAGUAGUAAUUCUGAUUUCUAGUUAUUGGUAGCUUAAGAAUACUUGAUUGGUGUGGACCUCGCGGUGUAGCUAAAUUAUGUGUGUACUGUAAUCUGGCCGCAUGGUUCUCUUUUUCAGUUUACCGAGUAACUAAUUGCCUAUUUGUCUACCUAGUAUAUGAUGAUUUGUUUGCCCUCGGAUAUUCAAAUUCUUGACUUGUUUUUCUUUACAGGAAAAAUUCUUGACUUGUUGAGGCUCUCUAUUUUCAGAAUGCGUCUUUGCCGCCUUGCCUGGACCCAGAUUGUGGUCUUUGGGAAACAUUCUGGUGGUAGACUUUGCUUUCUGAAUUUGUCUUUGUCACUAUGACCGAAUCAAUGGAAGCGAAGGUGGAUUGCGAUGACGGUGUAGGAAAGGGAAAUUGUGAACUUUUUUUGUUUCUGUUUUAUAUACUCACAAACUCCAUGUUGUAUGCCCAUUUCAGCCAGGAGGGUGUCAUUCAAAUUCUUGAUGGGUUCUCUGCUUGGAAUGUGACUGAAUGAAAAGGGUGCAAAUUAAUUGAGUUCUGCUCUUUUAUAUCUGAUGAGUGGAAGCCUGUCGUAACGCUCAUGGAAAAUGGAAGACAGUCCUGGAGAUGGUAUUGUUACAUUCGGCCAGAGAUACAUAACAAGAGGUCUAUGGUGCGAAUUUUUGUCAAUGUGAGGUUUAACCAGGCCUGGAGAUGGUAUUUGAUGGAUGGCACUCUUCUUUUUGCAUGCCUCGAAGAAAUUGCAGCUCCAGCAGGAACUUGUACGACAUCAAUAUGCCAACCUGCGCCAGCGGAAAAGAAAUCUCUGCUAUUUGAUUUUUGGAUGAUCAGAGGAUUUAAACUACCUAUGUUACAUUACAGGGGAGGCAGAUUUGGCUAGACUGUCCAGAGCCAACUAAAGAAACAUAACUAGGCUCCCAGCUUGUAUGUAAAAACUUGUCAAGCAAAAUUUCCUUUGCUUUCCGGAACCAAUAAAGCCAUCUAACAGAGUAA